UACGGGGAUCGUGAUCGUGUGCGGCAUCGUGGAGCAACGGGACGGAGCACGCACCACGACACGACACGGCACGGCACGGCACGGCAAGUCGACGGGGUUAAAUCGACACCGACACCGUCGAGAACGAGGACGAGGGAAGGACCGAGCGGACUCGUGUUCCAGCCGAAUACCGGCACGCGCGCGCUCACGAGGCCGGGAAAAAAAGGGAGCGAAAACACAGACGGGGCAGAGAGCAAGGAGGUCACCGUGGGACUCGCUGCCGAACGUGUGUCAAGGAGCACGAUCACUCGUCGUUCUACAAGUUCUUACAAAUGGAGCACAACCACAAGAACCUGGACUGCUACUUCUUCUAUUAUUCCACGUGCAAGAAGGGCGACUUUUGCCCGUACAGACACGAACCAUCUGCUCUGGGUUGUGAAACCAUGUGCUCGUACUGGCAACAGGGAAAUUGCCUUAACGAACAUUGUAACUUCAGACACAUGGAAUUAAAGAAAAAUCGUAAAUCGAUUCCUUGUUAUUGGGAAACACAACCUGGAGGAUGUAGAAAGCCACAUUGCCCAUUUAUGCAUACGACUCCACGCAAUAUUUCUAGUGACCCCAUCAACCCUGUGAAGGCCACGGAAGUAGCAACAAAAUCUCCGAAUCAAGAGUGGCUUAACCGUCAAGAUGACCCAAAGUAUGACGGCAGCAGUACUACUGAAUCGGAUCAAGGUAGAGGAAACAGCGAGGCUGGAAGUUUUAUUGGUAGUCCCGCCGUCGAUCCUCUCAUCGUCAAAUUUGAAGAAGGGGCUGCUAUAUCUAAACUUUGCCUAAAUUAGCCCUCUAAUCGCCUAUGGCUAUCUUUCUCUGGCUGCGGUGUGAUCGGACUCGAAUUACCAGAAUGGUCUAAGUUACGAAAAACGAGGUUCAAGUGUCUCCGUCAAUACGACGACAUGUGCUGUAAGAUCGCGAAAGCAAGAACCGUGUUAGACGAAGAAGAAGAUAGCUAUGGGUCCUCGCUUUACCAUACCCACGCACACACAAACUUUUUGAUUCAUACACAGAUUUUGCUCUUAGUUGCGAAAAGCUGAAAUUUAAAUGUUAAUCGAGUAUUAAUAACACGACGAAUAAACCUUGCUUAUUUUAAGUUUGCGUCUUUGACGAGAGAGUGUUUUGUCAGCAUUUAAUAAGUUUGUUUUAAAUAUCGCUCCCAGAUGCGGACUUGCAUCGCAUCCCUGACGUGGCCGAUUUAAAGGAAUAUAGAAUAUUGUACGUAGUAUAAAUCGGACUAGCCGACACGUAUACAUCUGUUUCACUAGAGACGGAAGAGACGAAAGGAACUUGCGCAUUGUUCAUCGGUCACGUCCUGGGUUGAGAUAAGUGCAAUGGCGAAAUAGUAAGAGAUAAUUGAAAUAUUUAUAUCUGAACCAAUCAACGCAUAUAUGCUUUCUUUGUUGUCGCAUUAUUAUGUGUGAGAUUGUAGAAGGAGUAAGAGAAAGUGGACAGCGAAAGAAAAC